ACACCCUUGUACUCACACACACUAUCAUCAUCAUCAUCAUGGCUGCUGCUCCUUCGCUCCCAGAACUUGAGAAAGCUCUCGCCACCAGAGCUUACCUGGAUGGAUACCAGCCAACCUCUGCCGAUGUGGAAGUGUUCGUCUCUCUCAAAGGCGCUGCCCCUGGUACAGAGUACCCUCACGCCGCUAGAUGGUACAAACACAUCGCCUCUUGGGAAUCUGAAUUCUCCUCUCUUCCCAAAGGCACUUCACCCUUCGCCGCUGGACCCGCUGCUACCCCUGCCGCAAAAGAGGAGGAAGAGGAUGACGAAAUCGAUCUGUUUGCCGAUGACGACGAAGAGGAAGACGCAGAGGCUGAGAGGGUGAAGGCUGAACGUGUGGCCGCGUACAACGCCCAGAAGGCGGAGAAAACUGCUAAGAAGGCAGCCGAGGGUAAACUAGAGGUAGCAAAGUCCGUCGUCACCCUUCAGGUCAAACCGUGGGAUGAUGAGACGGAUAUGGAGGCGAUGGAAAAGGAGGUGAGGGCGAUCGAGAAGGAUGGUUUGGUCUGGGGUGCUAGUAAAUUGGUCCCUGUCGGUUAUGGUAUCAAGAUGCUGCAGCUCACUCUCGUCAUUGAAGACGCCAAGAUCUCUCUCGAAGAGCUACAAGAAGAGAUCCAAGAGUUGGAAGACUACGUGCAGUCCACCGACGUUGCGGCCAUGCAGAAACUGUAGAGACACCAUUUAUGCAUGUGAAGACUGCCCAUAGGUGUCCUUCAAUCAUCUCUGAUAUC